GUCGAACUUGACUGGGUCCAGCGCAAGGUGCGUCCCAUCUUGAAGGUCUUGAAGCAUCUGAUCAAGGACAAGGCCAUCGACCCGGACGUUACCAGAUAUCUUGAAGAUGUUGAGGAUCACCUCAACCUUUUCCUGGAGGAGGUAAGCCGCAUCAUCGGAGUGUGCAACUCCUUGCGGGAUGAGGUGAACUCCUACAGGGACCGCCAACAGCAAAAGGUGCUUUACGUGUUGACCUUGGUGACGACCCUAGUGAUGCCCACACAUCUCCUCACGGGGAUCUUCGGCAUGAACUGGAUUGACGAGGAGGGACAGCCCGUGGUUCCCGGGUUCGGCGUGAUGGCCGAGAAUCGAGGCUACUACCUCUUCUGGGGUCCCGCCGGCCUGUGUGUGAUUUGGAAGUUGAAGGUUUCGAUCGUGCGGUGA